AGGAGCUGCUCCAGUCAGCUGUGAUCCCAGCGAAAGUGCGCCUGCGGCUCGCGCAGAAGCCCUCCGGGUAUUACGGUUGCGCGUGGUAAGGAGCGUGAAACCGCUACAGUUCAGCCUGGCCGAUCUCAGCAUUUUCCUCUGGCCCCUCCGCGCCGCGAUGCUGCCCCUUUCUCCCGUCGCUGUGUGCUGCAUCAGCCUGCUCUCCCUGCAGCACCAGCUGCUAGCCUGGCCAGCCGGAGUCCGCCUCCAGACCUACAGAUCGACUUCCGAGGAAAAGCAGCAGGACCUGGAGGAGGACAUGAAGGCGGGGCCAGUCUCACGUGGAGGCGGGGCCAGUCUCAUGUGGAGGCGGGACCAGUCUCACGUGGAGGCGGGACCAGUCUCACGUGGAGGCGGGGCCAGUCUCAUGUGGAGGCGGGACCAGUCCCAUGUGGAGGCGGGGCCAGUCUCACAUGGUGGUGGGGCCAGUCUCACAUGGAGGCGGGGCCAGUCUUACAUGGAGGCGGGGCCUGUCUUCAGCCACCCCAUGCCACCGCACACUCCCCUGGAAGCCAAGUGGCUGCUAUGGAGACGCCUUCUGUUCCAGAGUCCCCCAAACCAAGAGUCAGGCCACCCCCCAGCCCCACCCCGAACGAGGAGCCUCCGGGCGGCCGGUGGCACGAGGCAGCACAGGCGGCGGAGCAGGAGGGAGCGGAGGCACAGCAAUAGCGCCCUCAGGGGUCACCAGCACGCCCAGCUGAUGCGCGUCGGCUGUGUCCUCGGCACCUGCCAGGUGCAGAACCUCAGUCACCGCCUCUACCAGCUGAUUGGCCAGAGUGGCCGGGAAAGCUCCUCCCCCAUAAACCCCAGGAGUCCUCACAGUUAUGGAUGAGCAGGAAAAACACACAGACACACACACACAGGCACAGACACACACAGGCACAGACACACACACACAGGCACAGACACACACACAGGCACAGACACACACACAGGCACAGACACACA